GCGAUCGAGUUGCACGCUUUUUCUUCUGUGACGCGCUGCGCUGCUUGCACUAAAAAAUGAAAGCAAUUUGGCUCAGCUUACUGUUGUUAUUGCAGACUGGCGUUGCCCUGACGACAACAACAACAACACCUUGUCUGCUGCGCGAGACAAGCUUUGGCGGCGUCUGUGUUUGCAAUAGCAGCUACUGCGAUUACCUGGCGCAGCCAGUGCUCAAAGAUAAUGCACAGAUUGUGUUGAUAAGUUCCAGCAAGAAUGGAUUACGCUUUAGUCGCACCGAUGGCAGCUUUGGGCAGGUGGCUGCUUUGGAAGUGCAGGAUAGACAAGAAUUUGAUGCCAACUUCAAAGCGGAUGCCAUUGUUGUGGAGCAAAACAAAGCCUGGCUGCAGUUGGCCAACUUACCAAAGCCCUUUGCCUUUAAUGUGAACAUCAAAACUGUGCAGCUGCUGAUUAAUAGGCAGCAACUUUAUCAAAAUAUAACCAACUUUGGUGGCGCCUUUACGGGCAGCGUUUCACACAUACUCAAACAGCUGCCCCAAGAAUUGCAGGAUCAUGUCUAUAAAUCCUAUUUCCAUAGCGCUGGCAUUGGCUACAAUUCCAUACGCAUGUCCAUAGGUGGCUCCGAUUUUGAUUUGCAGCCCUGGGCGUACAAUGAGCUGCCUAUAAACGAUUUACAUCUAAGCAACUAUACAGCUUUGGAUCCACGCGAUUUGCAAAAGAUUGAGCAACUGCAGCGCCUUAAGCGCGUGGCUGAGCUUGAUGAGCUGAAGAUUAUGGCUGCUGCCUGGUCAGCACCACUUUGGAUGAAGAGCAAUGCGCGCUGGACUGGGUUUGGUCAGCUCAAGUCGCAAUACUAUCAGACCUGGGCCGACUAUCAUCUCAAAUUUCUCGAACUGAUGCAGUCUAAAAAUAUGCCUGUCUGGGCCAUAUCCACUGGCAAUGAGCCGUUAAACGGCGUCAUAGGUUUCGUUUUCAUUCAUUUUAUGAGCAUGGGUUGGACGCCGUGGCAACAGGCUAUUUGGCUAAACGAUUAUCUGGGACCGACAAUUAGAAAUUCCACGCAACGUCAUGUGCUGCUAUUUGGUAAUGAUGAUCAGCGUUAUACAUAUCCGUCUUGGUUUCGUAAGAUGCGCGCUUCUCGCAGCAAUGCGCUUGACUAUCUGGAUGGCCUGGCUGUGCACUGGUAUUGGGAUGAGAUCUUUGGUCCACAGCUAAUAGACGAGGCGCUAACGGAAAUGCCCAACAAAUUAUUGCUGAAUACCGAAUCCUGCAUUGGCGAUAAGCCCUGGCAGACGCAUGGCCCUGAGCUGGGCAGCUGGGGGCGUGGCGAGCACUAUAUGCGCGCCUAUAUGCAGGACUUGCAGCACAAGUUUAAUGGCUGGCUGGAUUGGAAUCUGGUGCUGGACGAGCGUGGUGGACCCAACUAUGUUAACAACUUUGUAGACGCUGCGGUUAUAGUGAACACCACAAGUCGCGCCGAGUUCUAUAAGCAGCCGAUCUACUAUGCCAUUGGGCACUUUAGUAAAUUUGUGCCGGAGCAUUCGCGCAUGAUUGAGACGCGCACCAAUGAAACGGCGUCCAUUGCGCAGCUCAGCACGGUGGGAUUUCAAAGACCCGACGGCUCAAUCGCUUUAAUCUUGUACAAUGGGGAGAACCUGCCGCUGCGUGUGCUGCUCCAGGAUAGCGAACGCGGCGAGUUGAGCCUGCAGCUUCCUGCGCGCUCCUGGCAUACAAUCAUCUAUAAAUGAGCGGACAUUAAAGGCUUAAGCAUAGCAUAAAGUGAUAUAACAACAUAGACUAGUUAGCUUAACAAAAAACGGUUUGUUUACUCGGCUGCUCGGCUGCCUAAGCGGAUGUUCCUGCUGCACAGGAUGCGGCUGUGUACUCUGGAGAUUUGAAGUUGUCCACGCGCAACGACCGUACGGCAAACGGAAAUUUAUGCACGCUGCUCAAUUUGCCGUAACGCGUCUGUUUACAAUGAAAUUUCAUUUGCCGUAUACGCCGCUGCCGCCUCAAAUAACUGACUGACUGCAUGGGAAUCUCAAUCCGAAUCUCAGUGGCACGGAAUUUGCUUUCGGAUCAAGCUGAGUGACAACUGGCAGUCGAGCGGUGACAACGACCAAACAUAAAAAAUUCUUAAGCGCAUGUGUUUGUGUAAAUAUUAGUUUAAGUUUUCAUCUAUUUUUUUCCCAGCUCUUAUAUAUGAAUUUGCUCUAUAAAUAUGAUUGUCAAUUGAGCGCACAGCAAAUGCAUUUGCUUGGUGCUGUGUGUGCAUUUUAUGUCAAUCUAUAAAUUAAACAUGAAA